ACCAAGACCGACCAGCUCGUCAAUUGGGCUCGUAAGGGCUCUCUUUGGCCCCUCACAUUCGCACUGGCCUGCUGUGGUAUAGAAAUGAUGCACACUUCCAUGCCACGAUACGACCAAGAUCGGUUGGGGAUCAUCUUUCGGGCAUCUCCCCGUCAGGCAGAUGUGAUGAUAGUGGCAGGGACCGUGACAAACAAGAUGGCUCCGGCGUUGCGACAGCUGUAUGAUCAGAUGCCGGAUCCCAAAUGGGUGAUUUCAAUGGGAAGCUGCGCAAAUGGUGGUGGCUACUACCAUUACAGCUAUAGUGUCGUGAGGGGGGUGGAUAGGGUUGUGCCCGUGGAUAUCUAUGUACCGGGUUGUCCGCCCACCGCGGAAGCUUUGCUGCAAGGUAUCUUUCUUCUGCAGAAGAAGAUAGCACAGACCAGGGUGACAAGAAUGUGGUAUCGGAAAUAG